CAGAUUGGAGCGUGCGGCCACACGGGGGCGUCUGAGACAAGCAGACCAGGACUGGACUCGUUUUUCCACCAAGCCUCAUAAACUGCUUUUUUUUCUCCUCCUGCUGUACCUGUUAUGUCCAAGAUCUGGCCCCUGCUUGACAAUUACUUUGAAUUCCAAAGGACCAGAGACCUAGGAUGAGGAGCGCUGAAUCUUCCCACCACUUGCUUUUCACGUUGUCGCUUUUUUUCGCCUGGACGGCGGCCAGCCUGGACUUCGGACACAGUUCCUGCACCACUCAAGUGCAGGGGGAAUUUUACGGCUAUUUCUCCUCUUUGUCUCUCUUUCCCUUGAACUCUUCGCUGUGCGCUUGGAUUAUCCAGAACCCGGACCCCAGGAGGUACACGCUGUACGUCAAAGUCUCCAAGCCGGCAGGUAUAUGCGACCACCAGCAGAUCAGGACCUCUCAGUUUGACUCUUUCCUGGAGUCCACGCGGACGUACUUGGGGAUGGAGAGUUUCGACGACGUCUUGAAACUCUGCGACAGCUCCAUCCAAUAUGCCUUCCUACAGUCCAACAAGCAGUUCCUCCAAAUGAAGCAGACCUUGCCCAAAAAGGAAGACCAUCAGCUACAAUGGAAGACCGGCCAGCCUCAGGAGACCGACUUCUCCCUGGAAUAUCUGGUUUUGGGCAACCGCAACCCCAGGAAAGCGGCUUGCCAGAUCCUCUGUAAGUGGCUUGAUACCUGCCUCAGCAGCAGUAGCAGCUUUCACCCUUGUGGCAUCAUGCAAACCCCUUGCUCCUGCCACGAAGGGGAGUCAGCAGACGGUGCAGGGGGAUCGGUGGAUCGUUAUGGCGACGUCUGUGUUGCUGAUGGCGCCAUCGGGGGGGUCGAUGGCUGCGCAUGCUCGAUGACGUCACGGCGGGGUGGCAAUGGCAAUCCCAGUGGUUGGACUUCUUGGACCUCCUGGGGGGACUGUAACAGGGACUGCGGGGGCGGGCUCCAGACAAGAACUAGGUCGUGCCAAUCUGUCCCUGAAGAGGGCCACAUCUGUGAAGGAGUCCUAGAGGAGGGCCGGCUCUGCAACAGGAAAGCCUGCAGUGCCAACGGGAGGUACGAUUCCCGCAGUCAGUCUCUCAGGUCCAUCGACAACAAGAAGAAGGAGGACGGGGAUGAACAAUAUCAGUUUGGGUACCCGGCGCCCCAAAUAGGAGACACGGCGGCGGAGGAGUGGUCUCCGUGGAGCGUCUGUUCCACCACCUGCGGUGAAGGGCUGAAAUCCAGGACGCGGUUCUGCGUCUCAUCCUCGUACAGCACACAUUGCAGUGGGCCCCUCAAAGAGCACAAGCAAUGCAACAACUCCGCCACAUGUCCAGUACACGGUACCUGGGACGAAUGGUCACCCUGGAGUUUGUGCUCGUCUACUUGCGGCCGGGGUUUUCGGGAGAGGACGCGUACCUGUAACCCACCUCAGUAUGGGGGUGAGCUGUGUAAAGGUCCCGAGAAGCAGACCAAGUUCUGUAACAUUGCCUUAUGUCCAGGUCAGGCAGUUGAUGGUAACUGGAACGACUGGUCCAGCUGGAGUGCCUGCUCUAACACUUGCUCCAAUGGGACUCAGAAGAGAAUCCGCGAGUGUAACGGACCAUCCUACGGGGGCUCGGAGUGUCACGGCCAGUGGUCAGACAUGAGGGACUGCUUCACAAUGCAGUGUCCUGUUGAUGGGAAAUGGCAGGAGUGGGGAUCCUGGGGAAGCUGCAGUACAACAUGCAAUGGAGGGAUGCAGAACAGGGAUCGUACCUGCUAUGGCCCAUUUUUUGGUGGGCAAGACUGUCCCGGCCCAUCAGAGGAAAACAAGCCAUGCAAUGAAAAGAAGUGCCCAGAGCCUCAUGAGAUUUGCCCGGAGGAAAAUUCUGCUUCCGUCGUUUGGCAAGAGACUCCGGCGGGAGAGAUGGCAGAGGUGCGGUGUCCGCGGAACGCCACAGGUCUCAUUCUACGAAAGUGUGUUCUGGAUGAGGUGGGAGAGGCGUACUGGGAGAUUCCAACAUACAUCAAAUGUGUCUCCCUUGACUACCGGAAUAUUCAGCAGAUGAUUCGGGAUCACCUGACGAAAGCUCAGAGAGGGCAGAAGGGAGAAGGAGUCUCUUCGGUGUUACAGAACCUGGUAGACGUCACUCAGGAAGGGGUCAGCUACAGCGGCGAUAUCCUAACCACUGUGGACUGUCUGAGAAAUAUGACCGAUAUCUUCCGCCGUCCUUACCACAGCCCCACCUCCAAUGAUAUCCAGAACUUUGUGCAAGUCAUCAGCAACCUGCUAUCCGACGAGAACCGGGACAAGUGGGAGGAGGCGCAGACGUCUUCCUCGAUUCUUCUCUUCUAUCUCCUGAUCCUCAAAGUUCCAGAACUUAAUCCACAGCACUCCACUACCCCUAAAGCGGGGAACUUUGUGCAAGUCAUCAGCAACCUGCUAUCCGACGAGAACCGGGACAAGUGGGAGGAGGCGCAGACGCCUUCUUCUUUCCGUACAGUCCUGAGCAUCUACAAGCGCCAGGCGACCAAUCCCAGCGACAUCAGCUUCCCCAUGAAGGGCUGGCGCGGCUUGGUGGAGUGGGCCAGAAAUGCAGAAGAUAAAGUCUCCGUUUCCAAGAACUUCCUGUCAAUGGAGGACGCAGACUCCGCCGAUGAUUCCGCCAUGUUUGUGAUUGGAACGGUGCUGUACAGAAACCUGGGGGGAUUCCUGACCCUGCAGAGGAAUGUGACCGUCCUGAACUCCAGGGUGGUUUCGGUGACGGUGAAGCCCUCCCCCCGCGGCACCUCCGUCCCCCUGGACAUCGAGUUCUCCCACCUUCCCCACUCUCCUCGGAUCAUAGCCCGGGCUUCCCAGGGGCCUCCGGAUAACUCGAGGCUGUUUGAGGAACUUGGCAGGCCCUGUCACAUCAGGAAAUAUGCACACGCCGCCGGCUCUGACAUGGCGGAGGCCGCGCGCAGCCAAAUGUGGAUUGUAAUCUCUGGAGCGGUGCAGCUGUCCCGUAAAAUGUUCACAAGAAGAAAACUACCGGAACGUUCCGCGUUUCAGAGAAUCGGACUUUAUAGCAGCAAUUUAUUAGAGGAAGUCCUUGACAAUGUAACCGGAAUCGUCGUCUCCGGCGCCGCGGUGUACAGCGACAUGUCCGCGGGUUGUGGUGUCUCCGGGAGGAUUUGCAGUCGCCGGUGGUGUGCUUCACGUUUCCCCCGAGGCCGCUUCCCUGUGAGGUUGAUGGAGAUGACUUCCAUCAAUCUCAUGAUCAUCAAUGGGAGUUCCUGUGUGGCAGACUGCGCGGGCGGGAUGGGGAGGGGCGGUUUAAAUGCCCAGCAGGGGGGUGCCACAAAGAACCUGCCACAGGAGGUGACGCCCAGCAUUCCGGGGCAGAGACCACGGUGCACUACAAUGACCAGCAUGCCUGGUCGGUUAGAUCACACAACGCCGCAGUCAUGUGACAAGGGUCGGUUAGAUCACACAACGCCGCAGUCAUGUGACAAGGGUCGGUUAGAUCUUCACACAACGCCGCAGUCAUGUGACAAGGGUCGGUUAGAUCUUCACACAACGCCGCAGUCAUGUGACAAGGGUCGGUUAGAUCGUCACGAAACGCCGCAGUCAUGUGACAAGGGUCGGUUAGAUCGUUACGAAACGCCGCGAUUAUGUGACAAGGGUCGGUUAGAUCUUCACACAACGCCGCGAUUAUGUGACAAGGGUCUGUUAGAUCUUCACACAUCGCCGCGGUCAUGUGACAAGGGUCGGUUAGAUCUUCACACAUCGCCGCGGUCAUGUGACAAGGGUCGGUUAGAUCUUCACACAUCGCCGCGGUCAUGUGACAAGGGUCGGUUAGAUCUUCACACAUCGCUCUCUUCUCUCCUCUUUUCCUUUACUUCCAUUCAGGACUUCCAUCAAUCUCAUGAUCAUCAAUGGGAGUUCCUGUGUGGCAGACUGCGCGGGCGGGAUGGGGAGGGGCGGUUUAAAUGCCCAGCAGGGGGGUGCCACAAAGAACCUGCCACAGGAGGUGACGCCCAGCAUUCCGGGGCAGAGACCACGGUGCACUACAAUGACCAGCAUGCCUGGUAUGGACAAGCGUUGUCAUGUGACAAGGGUCGGUUAGAUCACACAACGCCGCAGUCAUGUGACAAGGGUCGGUUAGAUCACACAACGCCGCAGUCAUGUGACAAGGGUCGGUUAGAUCGUCACGAAACGCCGCAGUCAUGUGACAAGGGUCGGUUAGAUCGUUACGAAACGCCGCGAUUAUGUGACAAGGGUCGGUUAGAUCUUCACACAACGCCGCGAUUAUGUGACAAGGGUCUGUUAGAUCUUCACACAUCGCCGCGGUCAUGUGACAAGGGUCGGUUAGAUCUUCACACAUCGCCGCGGUCAUGUGACAAGGGUCGGUUAGAUCUUCACACAUCGCCGCGGUCAUGUGACAAGGGUCGGUUAGAUCUUCACACAUCGCCGCGGUCAUGUGACAAGGGUCGAGCAGUUGGCUUCUCCUUCUAUUACUACCAGCGGACCGAUCAUUCCAGCCGCGUGUCUCCUACAAGCCCAGGUCCGCGAGAAAAAAAAAAGAUGGCGGCGGGAGCCGAGACUUCGACCGUCCGGAAUACGAUCUCUGCGAAAAUAAUUGACUGGAAUCGGCCGUACGUUGACUGGAAUCGGCCGUACGUUCACUGGAAUCGGCCGUACGUUCACUGGAAUCGGCCGUACGUUGACUGGAAUCGGCCGUACGUUGACGGGAAUCGGCCGUACGUUGACAGGAAUCGCCCGUACGUUGACUGGAAUCGGCCGUACCCUGACUGGAAUCGGCCGUACGUUGACGGGAAUCGGCCGUACGUUGACAGGAAUCGCCCGUACGUUGACUGGAAUCGGCCGUACCCUGACUGGAAUCGGCCGUACGUUGACGGGAAUCGGCCGUACGUUGACAGGAAUCGCCCGUACGUUGACUGGAAUCGGCCGUACCCUGACUGGAAUCGGCCGUACGUUGACGGGAAUCGGCCGUACGUUGACAGGAAUCGCCCGUACGUUGACUGGAAUCGGCCGUACCCUGACUGGAAUCGGCCGUACGUUGACGGGAAUCGGCCGUACGUUGACAGGAAUCGCCCGUACGUUGACUGGAAUCGGCCGUACCCUGACUGGAAUCGGCCGUACGUUGACGGGAAUCGGCCGUACGUUGACAGGAAUCGCCCGUACGUUGACUGGAAUCGGCCGUACCCUGACUGGAAUCGGCCGUACGUUGACGGGAAUCGGCCGUACGUUGACAGGAAUCGCCCGUACGUUGACUGGAAUCGGCCGUACCCUGACUGGAAUCGGCCGUACGUUGACGGGAAUCGGCCGUACGUUGACAGGAAUCGCCCGUACGUUGACUGGAAUCGGCCGUACCCUGACUGGAAUCGGCCGUACGUUGACGGGAAUCGGCCGUACGUUGACAGGAAUCGCCCGUACGUUGACUGGAAUCGGCCGUACCCUGACUGGAAUCGGCCGUACGUUGACGGGAAUCGGCCGUACGUUGACAGGAAUCGCCCGUACGUUGACUGGAAUCGGCCGUACCCUGACUGGAAUCGGCCGUACGUUGACGGGAAUCGGCCGUACGUUGACAGGAAUCGCCCGUACGUUGACUGGAAUCGGCCGUACCCUGACUGGAAUCGGCCGUACGUUGACGGGAAUCGGCCGUACGUUGACAGGAAUCGCCCGUACGUUGACUGGAAUCGGCCGUACCCUGACUGGAAUCGGCCGUACGUUGACGGGAAUCGGCCGUACGUUGACAGGAAUCGCCCGUACGUUGACUGGAAUCGGCCGUACCCUGACUGGAAUCGGCCGUACGUUGACGGGAAUCGGCCGUACGUUGACAGGAAUCGCCCGUACGUUGACUGGAAUCGGCCGUACCCUGACUGGAAUCGGCCGUACGUUGACGGGAAUCGGCCGUACGUUGACAGGAAUCGCCCGUACGUUGACUGGAAUCGGCCGUACCCUGACUGGAAUCGGCCGUACGUUGACGGGAAUCGGCCGUACGUUGACAGGAAUCGCCCGUACGUUGACUGGAAUCGGCCGUACCCUGACUGGAAUCGGCCGUACGUUGACGGGAAUCGGCCGUACGUUGACAGGAAUCGCCCGUACGUUGACUGGAAUCGGCCGUACCCUGACUGGAAUCGGCCGUACGUUGACGGGAAUCGGCCGUACGUUGACAGGAAUCGCCCGUACGUUGACUGGAAUCGGCCGUACCCUGACUGGAAUCGGCCGUACGUUGACGGGAAUCGGCCGUACGUUGACAGGAAUCGCCCGUACGUUGACUGGAAUCGGCCGUACCCUGACUGGAAUCGGCCGUACGUUGACGGGAAUCGGCCGUACGUUGACAGGAAUCGCCCGUACGUUGACUGGAAUCGGCCGUACCCUGACUGGAAUCGGCCGUACGUUGACGGGAAUCGGCCGUACGUUGACAGGAAUCGCCCGUACGUUGACUGGAAUCGGCCGUACCCUGACUGGAAUCGGCCGUACGUUGACGGGAAUCGGCCGUACGUUGACAGGAAUCGGGCGUACGUUGACUGGAAUCAGCCGUACCUUGACUGGAAUCAAUCGUACCUUGACUGGAAUCGGCCAUAUGCCCACUCUCUGGUCAAACAUGCCCACUCCCUGAUCAGAUAUGCCCACUCUCUAGUCAGACAUGCCCACUCUCUGGUGAGACAUGCCCCCUCUCUGGUGAGACAUGCCCACUCUCUGAUCAGAUAUGCCCACUCUUCUCUGAAUAUGGAGAAGGUCCUCGUCCCUUCGGUCACUCUGAUUGUUGGCUGUGGUGUUUCCUCGCUCACCCUUCUGCUUCUCAUCAUCAUCUACGUGUCAGUAUGGAGGUACAUCCGGUCGGAGCGCUCCGUCAUUUUGAUCAACUUCUGCUUGUCCAUCAUUUCUUCGAAUGCCUUAAUACUUGUCGGGCAAACGCAGACCAGGAACAAGGUGAUCUGUACCCUGGUGGCGGCCUUCCUCCACUUCUUCUUCCUGUCUUCAUUCUGCUGGGUGCUGACCGAAGCUUGGCAGUCCUACAUGGCAGUGACGGGGCGGCUGCGGAACAGGAUCAUCCGGAAACGCUUCCUCUGCCUCGGAUGGGGUCUCCCGGCUCUGGUUGUGGCAAUAUCGGUCGGUUUCACCAAAGCGAAGGGGUACGGCUCAGCGAACUACUGCUGGCUGUCUCUGGAAGGAGGACUGCUCUACGCCUUCGUCGGACCGGCUGCCGCUGUUGUUUUGGUCAACAUGGUCAUCGGCAUUUUAGUGUUCAAUAAACUGGUAUCCAAAGACGGAAUCACUGACAAGAAACUCAAGGAGCGGGCCGGGGCGUCGCUGUGGAGUUCCUGCGUGGUGCUGCCGCUGCUGGCGCUGACAUGGAUGUCCGCCGUCCUCGCCAUUACGGACCGGCGCUCGGCCCUGUUUCAGAUACUUUUUGCCGUCUUCGAUUCGUUGGAGGGGUUCGUCAUAGUUAUGGUGCACUGCAUCCUGCGGCGAGAGGUGCAGGACGCUGUGAAGUGCCGAGUCGUUGACCGUCAAGAAGAAGGCAACGGCGACUCGGGCGGCUCCUUCCAGAACGGACACGCUCAACUGAUGUCUGAAUUUGAUAAAGAUGUGGACCUGGCGUGUAGAUCAGCUCUCGGCAAAGACAUUUCAACCUGUAGGACAUCUACCAUCACCGGGACUUUAAAACGCCCUUCACUGCAAGACGAAGAAAAGAUGAAGAACCACCAAAAGGGUUCGAACUUCAACAGUCUUCCAGCCAACGUGUCCAAAAUGCAUCUUCAAGGCUCUCCGCAUUAUCUCGGAAGCAUCAAUCUAAAUGAGUACAACAACCACACGCUCACCCUAAAAAAAGACAAAAACCAGCCCCCAAAGCCCAUAUACAUGUGCGAGGGGGACAUCUUCAAAAAGUUGGACUCUGAGCUAACCAGAGCGCAGGAGCAGUCAAUGGACGCCAGCUACGUCAUUUUACCCAGCAGUACGGCCACGCUGAGGGCCAAGCCAAAGGAGGACAGCAAAUACAGCAUGAACAUUGACCAGAUGCCGCAAACCCGGCUCAUCCAUCUCAACAUGGCCGACCCCAGUUACAUGGUGAAGAGUCCGCCCCGGGAACGUAUGGGCAUAAAAUGCCCCGAGCAGGGUUCUCCAAUGCAGAAGCAACACCUGCACCCCAGCGAGUCUCAGAUCCCCAUGGGGCUAUGCGAAAAGUUAGAAUUAGGGACAGCGGGCAUUAUGCCCAAGAACGAAAACAUCUCUACGCUAUCGAUGAGCUCCUUAGAGAGAAGAAAAUCGCGGUAUGCAGAACUAGAUUUUGAGAAAAUUAUGCACACCAGGAAACGCCACCAGGACAUGUUCCAGGACUUAAAUCGGAAGCUUCAGCAUGCGGAGAAAGAUAAGGAGUCUCCAACAGCAGAGGGCAAGAUAGAGAAACAGCAGACACCCAGCAAGAGGUCUUGGGAAGGAAUGAGGAAGAUUCAGUCUCCGCCAUCUUGGGUUAAAAAGGACAUGGAGCCAGUGUCGCCUUCUCCCUUAGAACUAAAGACUGUGGAGUGGGAAAAAACUGGGGCGACGAUACCUCUGGUGGGACAAGACAUAAUUGAUCUUCAGACCGAGGUCUGAAGCUUCAGGAAAAAGACUUCUUUUUAUUUUUAAAGAAUAUGGUUCCAUAUAAAACAAAACGGAGAGAUUGUUUGGUUUCUUUUGAAACCUUGUUAAAGUACUUUUUCCGCGUUGUUCUCAGAAGGAAUAUUCCGUUAGGCUCUUAGAGGUAGACACACCGUGCGCUCUCUCUCUCUCUCCCGGGGGUGUGACAGGAAA